GCUGAUCCGGAAAUAAUUGGUUGGCAUUAGCAACGUUUCGGCCGAGUCAGGCCUGAAUACACAGAUAACAGAAGAAAGAAAAACACACAGACAGAAAACACGUUGAAGAACAGACAAACUACUCUGUUGAUCCUCAUAUUAAGAUUGUGAGGCAAGUGACAUUAACAGAAUGACUAGAAGAAAGAAAGUCAUACACAUCUGGGAUGGGAUGAAGCUCUUCUACUCCUAGAAUGCACACAUACAAGAGGACUUCCAGCCCUCGUUCACCAACGAAUACAGGAGAGAUUUUCACACAAGCACAUGAAGAAAAUGUGCGCUUUAUCUAUGACACAUGGCUUUGUGUUUUGAGAGACAUUAAAUCCCCACAAAAUAGUGAACGUAAUGACCGUGGACCACAGGAGUAUGUGGAGAAAACCCCAAAUCCCAACCUACGUUCUUUUAUACCAGUUGACCUGAGUGACCUUAAGAAGCGGAACACACAAGACUUCAAAAAGUCUUAGACCGUUUCUUGGCUUUUUGUGAUCUAGCAGUUUUUAGUUUUUUUCCCUUCCUAUUACAUUUGGGACCGUUUUACUCUACCAAUCUUCUGUCGGACAACAAAAAGCCACAAGCCAGGAUAUUUGGCCAUCUUAUUCCAGAAAGCCUUUAUCGUCUCUGCCUCAUGGACCUGCGGUCUGGACUUACAGGCUGACAUCUAUUUAUGCGUUACAUUUCCAAGAGCCAUUUGAGGGGCCAUUUUAUGUUCAUCUGGGGUCUCGGUUCCAGAAAAGCCCUGAUGUGAAGUUUCAGGGAUCCUGGUUUUGGGUUUAGAUAUUUCUUCAUGUGUAUUUUUCUUUUCUUUUUGAUGUUGAUAUGACAGAGGGGAAAUGCCAAGAACAGUUGCUUAUCCUAUUGAACAGACUCCACGCAAACUUUCUCAAGAUGGGAUACAGUCCUGUAAUCUGCCCCUUGUCCAAAACGCUUUCAGUACCUUGAGGAGAGUGUUGAAGGGUUGUUCAGUGAGUUUGAUAGAUUGAUGAAAUAUAGGAAGUUUUGUCUGAAAGCAGAGGCAAAUUAGGCUCGCCAAAUAUUUUUAGUGUGUGUGUGUGUGUGUGUGUGUGUGUGUGUGUGUAUAUGUAUAUAUAUAUAUAUAUAUACUUCCAUUUUUAACUAUGAACUGAUAACUUCAAGAACUUUUAAGUAAAUGUUUCCACAUCUUUCGUUCCCAGUCUUUAAAAUAAUGAUUACUUUUAUGUUAUCUUAAAGGGGUCAUGACAUGGUUUUUUUUAUUGUAUUAUUAUGUUCCCUUAGGUGCAAUUAUAGUAUUAAUAUUUUUUUUUUUUUAAGAAAAACUUUUAAAAUCUAGUGAUUUAUGACCUUUUCCCACCCUGUUUCUCAUCCUCUGAUUCAAACAGUCUGUUUUGGGGGCGUUUUCCAUUUAAGACUUCAGUGUUAACGCCCACUGUUAUGAUUGGCUAACGUCAGUGCCUAUGUAUCAAUUAUUGAUGCCCCCAGCCAGAACAAUAUGCAAGUAAACUAAGUAAAAACACUGUGAUUAUUCAUAAUGAAUGAAAUUGCGCUUUAAAAAGUAGUUUAAAGUUUAAAAUAGAUUACUUACAGUUUGCGUCGUCGUUGUUCCCAGAAUAGUCGGCACGGACUUAUCUUUGAGCAACAGUUUUCUGGCAAAGCCAGCAUCAUAUUGAGAUUUGUUCUCAAAACAGUCAUCCUUAAAAUGUACAGAACAAACGCUUAAGUUAACACUGCCGUGACUGGAACGUCCGCAAAAAAUAAACUGCAUCCAUUUUUCCCUGACGUCUGGAUCUUUCGGCAGCUUAUUCAGAGGUUUUGUUUGACCACAGCCAGGAACAGCACAUCUGUGUGGCAUCGUAAUUUUCCUGUGCACAAGUAGUCUCUGUCAGAGCUCGCUGUCCAUCGACUGAACACUUGUGAGGCGCACGGCGAUACGAAAUGAGCGUAGUUGUCUUGCGCUUAAAUCGUAGUUAUCUUGUGCUGGAGGCGGUCAUAUGCAAACGCUGUUACGUCACUUCUAACCGACACGUCACUUCUAACCAUGAAUCCAGAACGAGCUGUAUUUUGAGCUUGAUUAAAUAAAUGAUUCGUUUAGAAUGGGGAGGACGUCUUAAAAUAUUAAACUUGCAGGACGUUUUAAUGAUACAAAGACCUCUUAUAUACCAAAAGAUCAAGGCAAAUUUGGUUUCUCAUGUCAUGACCCCUUUAACCUCUCUGCAUUAUAUUUAUCAAGUUGCAUCUCUUUAAAGACACUAUAAAAUCAAUAGUGAAGUUUUGUGAAUUUUUAUUCAUUUCUGCUGGCUUUGAAGCCAAUAUCAUGACCCGUUUUCACUCCUCUGCACACUUUUUGAGAUGAACAUAAAUAUUUCUCAAAAACCAAUCUACAUAAGCUCUAUGUAUCUUAUUUUUCACCAAUUCUACCUAUUAAUGGUGGCCUUUGUCAAUAUCUGUCAGUAUAUUUUAGUUAAUUUACGGACACUUCUUUUUCUAUGGAAGAAGAAUUGAAGAACUGUUUGGGUGUGAAGACAAAUCAGACAAAAUUAUGACAAAUUAACAUUUAAGAGGAUUUAGAAAAUGAAUAUUGGAUUUUAAUCACUCUGGCAAAAUGAGCAAAUGUUCUUAUUAUUCCCUGAUUGCUAACUGUUUUAAACGGAAAUACAAUCUGUGGCUUUAGAAUUUGUUCUAGAUUCAUAUUCAAAAUAUGUAUACCUAUAUAUUCCUAUAAAAAUGGUUCACAAAUAUUCACGUUUUCAGCUGUUUUAGUACAGAUUCAAAUAGGUAAAAUGCAAAUAAAGACAGAGAGAUAACAACAUGAAAUGAUCACUGUAUUUAAGUGUAUUUAGGAAGCCACUAAUUAUACACAAAUUCGAGUUUUCAGCCUAUUUUUUUGAGGGUGAAUUUUGUUUGAGUUUAGCAAAUAAUUACAGUCAAUGGAAAAAUCUUUUCUUUUUGAGCAUACUUUUCUUUGCUAUGUGACAUGCAAUGUUUUUCCCCACCAAAAAUGUUUUUUGUUGUACAGCUCAGAGCAUCAGCUAGUACUGUUGUGUGCACUU